AUGGCGAAAAUUUUCUCCGUACACCCGCUUGGGUGGAAUCUGAUGAGGGGUUACUGGUGGCAGUCUGUCAUGAUCGGAGUAUUACUGCUUUGUAUCACUAUCGGAGUUGUUCACAUUUUAUGGUCCGCGGUGAAAAAGAUAAUCAAAUUUUACAAGACUCGGGCAAAGCCAGACAAAGUGCCCGCAAAUGUUGCCAAGCGCCUCGAGCAAUUGGCGUGUCGGGGGCUUAAUUUGGCCAACACUUGUCUGAACACGCAGAAGCCGAAGUCUUUCGGUGUCUACCUUGGAAGUUUUGAAAGUCCUGAAAAGCCGUUGACCUCUACGCAGCGACUUUUAAAGCAAUGGGAUCUCCUCAUUGUAGAUCCGUUGCAAAACGGUGUAGCCGAUGCUAUCCGCCACACUGGCAGUCAGGUCCUUGGAAGAAUAGAUCUUGCACGAGUGGCCUCACCGAAGGAGACGGCGUUGUCGAUUAUUGAGUCUAUUGAGACUACUCUUGCUAACAACUUCAACCACACUGCCUUCUCCGGCAUUCUAUUCGCUAACUGGGAAGAUCUGGCUACGCCCUCGAUCCAAGCAAAGCUCUUUGAGGCAGUCAGCAGGCUGGGCUUGGUAGUUUAUGUUGAGACUGGAUCACCGGAUUUCUUGAAAAACAGAAAGGCACUCCAAAACAGUGCUAUCUCGGGGUUGGUUGUUCGCAAUGCCAGUAUUAUGCCUACAGGCGAGAAGCGCGACUAUUUCCAGAUGGCCAGCAUGCAAUCGACUAUCAAAGCUUUCGUCUCCGAAUCUUGCAUGAGAGACUUUGCUGUCUUGACCUGGGAAACUGUCAAUAAUGAUGUUGUUCUGUCGAAUGCGAUUGUUCGACGCUCAUUGUCUUGGUGCAAUUUCUACAGCGCCAUCUCAUGGGUUGGCACCGAGGCCUCCCUGUUCAAUACCGAUGUGAACAUCCCGACUCCCGAGCCUCUCCCAGCUUUCGGAUGGCUGAAGGAUGCGGAUGUCAUGAAGUCGCAUGAUUCAUGGCGAUCGAAUCUUCAGAUUUCACGACACACCCUAGACAAGGCGAGAUGGGAUACACUUCGACCUCUGUUCCCGGUUGUCAAUCAACUUCUUGAAUCCGAAGAACUCGAAAGCAAGACUACUGAUAGCCCGCCACGUCGUCUCCGUGAUCCUCCCAACUGGGUAGCCCAGGUCAAAUCGCAAGGAAACCCUCUCUCUUUUUCCAUUUUUGGACAGGAUUAUGGCUAUCUCGGUUGCUUCCCACUUGGCUCAGAACCUGCACCCAUGGCCUUUGCGGAAAUUCUCUCAUCCCAGCAGCGUUUGAAGGAACUCUCGCUUCUUCAUCCUGUUCCUUCGACAAAGGUUCACAGCAUUGGAAUCCUUCUCCGCCGUUUCCAGGAGUCCAUCUCUUUCCCGGAAGACGAUGGUGACCUGGCAGCUGCGAUCAAGGAGCUUGCCGAUUUGGCUGCGAAUGAUUCCUUGAACGUGAGUCUUGCUUUGGACUCUGGGCUCAGAAAAACUUCUGAUUCUCGAUUCUGGGCUGUCUAUCAAAUUGAAGAUGACAAGGUUGACAUCUUUGUGUCUAAGAACGCGCACGGUCUUGCCGGUACAGUGCUUCACACUUUUCUCUCGGCGAAGGGAUUUCCUCGUCAUGUGUCACUUGAAGCCGAGGCUGCACUUGCUGAGUGGUCUCAAGACUUGGCUCCUGACACUGGUCUUCCUCGUCGUCUGGUUCAAGAUAUCGAUGUGCUCUGCCCCGAAGAACGCCUUCUUCUACUCCAGCAUCUGUCUCUUACCGAUGUUGACAGCAGCCUUAAGGACAAGAUCUGUGCCUACAUCCGCAAGCAAUUGAUUGAUGCGCCCUCUUUCGCUCAACUGAAAGAGCUCAACACAGUCAACUACCUCAAUGGAUCUAUUAGCCCCGAAGCUCUGGUCAAAUCGCGAAUUAAUUGGUAUAAGGAUCAGCAAUGCAGCUAUCCUUCACUUGCGGCAUCGCUCGAACUAUUCCACCAGGUUGACCAGGUCUUCACCCAAGUCCUCAAGGGCCACCGGGAAAAUGACCUAGCAAGUAUUACCAAGGGUCUUGGGGAGCUGACGCAAGACAACGCAAUUGAUGCCUUUGCUGACAUGGCGGCACUUGCAUUGUUCUGCGCUGCACGAAAGGGGGCCUUCGACGAGAUCUACGCUGAGGUGACAGACCGUAAUCCUCUGUUCAACAACCACUCCGAUCAAGCCGCUGCUUUUGCCGAGUCAUUCGCUCUCGGUUCCCGAUGUGAAGCUUAUUUUGAUGUUAAUCCCAGCGUGUUCGGCAAGCUUCUUUCCGAUCGCUUCAGAGCUUACUACACUAAGAACCAGCCGCCAAACUGGGUCAAUGGUGCACCUGAGAUGGCAACAGCUUAUGCUGGAGCCCAGAUUGACUGUGACCCUGAUGAUAAGACAGAGCCCAUGCGUGGAUACCAACGUUUUACAUUUUUGAGUGUCUUUGCCGUUCCAGCUCUUGUCGAUAUCCUUCUGCUCACUCUCAUCGGACGUGGUCUGUAUCUCUCAGCAUAUAUGACGUACGAAGAGCGAAGCAGCGCCACUAUGGCUCUAAUGAUCUCGCUUCUGCUCUCUGGUGGUAUCGGCACAUGGAUUGCAUGCGGCGGCCCUUAUUACCUAAUUUCAAUGGCUUUCGCCGCGGCUAAUAUGUUCGUCCUGAUCCGUCUCAUUGCCGGUAUUGCCUUCACCGUAGCUGGUGGUUUGAUCGGUUUCGUCGCCAUCUCCAGUGUCAGAGGUCCUCGAGCAGGUAUCAUUUUCUACCUGUACUUGGUCGCAUUUACCAUCUACUUCUCGGUCUUUGCCUCCCUUGCAAGCUUCAGCUACCCCGGUUCGACCUUCCUGUCGGGUCGCAAGGGAAUUAUUGUUUGCAUUCCGAUCCUUUUCUUGGGCCCAAUCAUCACAACCUGGGCUGGACACGACUCCGCUAUCUACCUGUCUUUGCUCUAUGGGUUUAUUGGUGUACUACUGCUUUGCCUUCGCUCAACUACCUCCAAGUGGGUGACCUGGUACCAGUCCAUCCGGCGCACUGACGAUACUGAAAUCCGCAAAUGGUACAUUUCCGCCCAUGGCAACAACGACGAAAAGAUUUUCGGCAGCCUGAGUGACCCCGCCGCUCUCAAGCUAGCCAGAGAGGCUAUGCUGAAGGAUGUCAAGGCUGAGAAGUCUCGUGGCCUUUUCAAGAAGGCCACCACUGAUCAGCUCGUUAAGGAGCUUGCUCGCGACUGGGAGUCGACAAACUUCCUUCUGGAUUGGUACUGCCGAUAUGCCGAUGUCCCACGUCCGAUUCCGUUCAGCUCAGGCUGGAAUAUCCAGACCAAGGUCGCUUUGGACACUUUGCGUAACUCGCAGAAAGGUCUUAAGCUCCACAAUGCUUUUGUUCAUUGGCGUCAAUCAAGCGAAGAAAUGGGCUGUGGUAUUCUAUACUUCUUGAUUGCUCUUCUCGACAAAUGGAUUUUGAUGCUCAGCGGCGACCAGACGCUCAGCGGCAAACAGUUGCUGGGUCUGGCGACAGGUUUGAACGAUACUACCCGUAUGGCUGUCGGCUUUGCAUUAGCCUAUUAUCUUAUUGGUGCUGUGCUUAUCGACACCAAGGCACAAGAGCUGCAUGUCGCCAUUGGGGGCAACACACCCACCGCCGUGAAGAAUGCCAACGAGAUCCGCCCCUCGCAAAAGUCAAGUGUGCAUUUCCGACGGAAGGUCUACUGGCGCACUCUGGGUCGCUUCCUUCUCUGGCAUGUCUGGAGUCUUGCGGUCUCCUUGGCCCUCAUCUGGUCAUUCCAGGAAAAUAUGGAAUCCAUAAUCAUUUUCUUCGCCUACGUUUUUUCCUAUACUGGCCUGAUCUGGUACCAGUACACCAAAAUCUUCCUCGGGCCACACGCACUGAAGCCACUUUUAGUUGGUGUCUGCGUGGGUCUCCCAGUUGGAAUUUCUCUUACGGUCUGCCUUCCCAAUUUUAUGUACGCACAGGUCAUUGGUCUUGGAUCUGGCACAUGGACUGUCGCUAUUCUAGCUUUCCUGAGCUCCAAGAUGGGGAUGCCAGGCAAGGUGCAGUCGCCAGUCGCUCUAGGAACAUCAUACCAUGCCUUCACCACUCCCUGGGCGGAUCCUGAGUGGUCGCAGCAAGAACUCCAGAGCUUCUUUGAGACUAUUUCCUUCCUCCCUGAUGACUCUCGUUUCGCCGUGCAUCCUGCUGCUCACCCCGGUCUGGAAAUUAAGAACAUCCUGCUUUCGCGUCGAGAGGAGCUUCGGAUUCAAGAAGCAUUCCCCAACGCAAAAGAAAUCGUUGAGACUACUCUUGCCAGAUGGGAGAGCAGUGAUAUUACUAUUGAGCUUGUGCCUCAGGGCUCCUUGGGUCCGGGAAUCCGCGCUCUGAGCUGCAAUGCAGGAGAUCGACUCAGGUUGGUUGUCAGCAUUCGUGGUUUACACGAUGAGAGGCUCGAUAUCAGCGCCAACUGCCAAAUCAUCGCCGAGACUUUGCUUCACUCUGUUGCCGAGUCUAUUGCGGGAAUCCCCCAUGAGUACGCAGUGCUUGCCGAGGCAAUCGUGUCAGGAGGUGUAACCCACACCAUGGCGCGCCAGCUCCGCGAGGAGGCCAAUACAUCGGUUGUUGUUCGCUGGGCUAAGAAGGAGCUUCUCAGACAGCUCUGCCUUGGUUUCGAAGCUGAUAUUCACUGGGACAAGUUGCCGGCGGAAGUCCGAGAUGUGCUCCUGAAUCGUUGUCUUGGACAAUCUUGCGCUCUUCCUGACAGUCAGCGACAAUGGCUCCAGUCGAGUCUUUGUCAAUUCGAUACUCCUAAUCUGGACACCCAUAUUGCCCGAUGCAACUUGGGAGCAGCCACAGCAAUCAGUAUCCUUGACUACUCAAUUGAUGGAACUGGCGAUACUGCUAUUCCUAAGGAGCCGGAGACAGCUGAAUACAUCUCGUACAUGCCUCGGAAGCUGCCUGUUCCUCUGUCUAUGGUUAGAUCGCCCAUAAGCUACAUUUAUCACAGACUGGGAGUUGCUGUCAAGUUCGUUGUCAUUGCUUUGGUAGCCGAUCCCGAGUUCCAAAGGGAGUUUGAUCAUGUCGCAAAGUCAUUACCAACAAUCAUUCGAGUGCCAUCAGUCUUCCUCUUGAACAUGCUCUGGGUCUACUCCAAGUUCGCCCAAGAUCUUGGUCUGUCAUUCUUUCUCUUCCAUGGUCGCAAGAACGUCAAGCGCCUGUGGGAUGAUACCAAGGGAAUGUUAAUUCACGUGAAGAAGAACAGAGUCCUCAUCCAAAGUCUGGAUGGUACUUUCACUGCAUUCCGACAUCAGGAGACUGACGGUGGCUUCAAGGUGUACCAGUACGCCGGCGAGCACAAGAUCGAGCCCAAGGAAGCCAAGUCGCUCAAGUAUGUUAGCAGUUAUUCCAGUGAGAUGCUGCUCCUCAUCAAGCAGGAGUUUAAGGAUGCUAAGGUGAUCAAUGAAUAUCACUACGACUAUCGCGCACCUGAAAAGAAGGGCUUUCAGAUGGGAAGAUCCUCAAACACUCGCAUUCCCCUUGGACGGCGCUGCGUGACAGGCGAGAACUACCUUCAGAGUGUCCAGUAUAACAAGAAGGGUCUUAUCGAAAAGGGUUCAUACAUGAAGGACGGCAAUCUUAUCCGCUUCCUCUACCACUACCGCAAGCACGCCUCUUUUGGUGAUGAGCUUCUGCGCGCUGAGUUCUCCUUGUCGCACAUCACCUGCAAUGUGGCGUGGUGUGUUCCGCCACGUCGUCAAGAGAAGAAGGACAACCGAUGGAUUCCUCAUGCCAAGGUGACCAGCGCUAUGUUCGUCCAGAGAGAUAGUGGAGACGUCUACCAGAGCACUUGGUUGUAUGAUCACAAGUUCCACCCCACCAUUUUCACCCUGCUUCACGACAAGAAGGUCUCCACUCCUCCCAUGAUCGAGCACGACUACUUGGGUGUUCUCUCCAAGCCAAAGUCUACCAGUUUCGUCAACGACAAUCCGUUCGUUUACUGCAACAGCCUCCACUCGAACUUCUUGACUCGACUCCUUGGCCUGACCAAGAAACGAUUCACCGUCUCUACUUCUCGUGCUCGCUCACUGAUGUGGAAGGCUUGGAAGGAUCGCGUUGACUUCGAUGGUAUCAUCGUCCGAUGGAUGGAUGAUCGAAUCCUCCGCAGAGAUGCUGUCCUUGCUCCUUACUGGCGCAGUCGCGACUGGGGUAACCUGAAAUCAGCAAAGAAGUUCAUGGAUCUCCGUGGUGAUGCAGUCAUGGCCAGCGCUGAUCUGGACGAUAACAUAUCUAGCUGGACUCCUCUGGCUGUCAAGAUCAGUGAUCUGUUCAACUUCGGUCCCGGUGGUGACGCUGUUGUCACAACCCGCUCUAAAGAAUCUGGCUCCGAUACAAAGGACAACCUCCAUGUCAUGGCUGCUGAUACUGGUACUUGGCCCAAUGAAGGUGGUGGUGUCUCUGCCUGUCGACGAGACAUGAUCAACUCGCUGCGCAGCAUUAAGUGGCACAUGAUUUGCGAGUCUGCUAACGACUUCGGUGUUCCUAAGCACCAGACCGAGCGGAACAUUCAGUCGCUGAAGGUGAUCCCGCUCUGGGGUCUGGACUUCCUGACGCCCACGCACGGUUUGUUUGAGAACAAGCUGGACUCUGAGGUGGAGAACGUCACUUCCGCCAGCGAAUUUGAUAUCAAGAUGAACUUCAUCCCGAUUCUUACCGCAUUGGUCAAGGGAGCUCGUGCUGUCAACCUCUCCAAGGCUGACAUUCACCAAGCCACUCGUGCCCUAGUCAAUCUCAACACCUAUUUCCAAGAUUCUCGCCACUGGACGCAAGUCUGGAAUAGCGAAAUGGUCAAGCAAACCUGGCGUGAACUUUGGCUUACCCAGGAUAUGCCCAAUGCCAUCCCAUCUUCGGAGUGGUUGGACACUGAACUCCCUACGCUUUCCUCGCUCGAAAUUGCUCUGGAAUUGUGGUACCGAUAUCUCUUCAUCUUCUCAAUCCCCGUUCCGGAGAAGAUUCCCAGUGUUUUCCAGGCCUCCCACCACAGUGUCAGUGCUUCGUACGGUGUUGUCUGCAAGAUCAAGCGAAACGUCACUUUGCAGAUUUGGGACCACGCCAUCAGUUGGCGUGAGACCAACCUCUGUCUGUCUUCGGCUUUGUGCAAGCUUUCACCCUUCGUGCGGAACGCGUUGCUAGGCUUGAUGAGAAUCACCUCGGUCUUGACUUUGCACCACGCAGAUAUUAUCCUCCCCUGUGCCGAUUUCUUCAACCCAGGCUGGGAGGUCGAGAUCGGUACCUGCCAGGGCACAAUCGAGCACCGCAACACGUUCCGCCGCAAGGUCGAUCCCGUCGUCAACGGCAUCACAGACAUGCAGAAGUUCUCACCGGUCAAGGAAAUCAAGUCCGAGCGUCCUACAGUUACCAUGUUGUCACACGUCUGGUACGCCAAGGAUAUCAAGAUUGCGCUUUUGGCUGCCGAUAUCAUCGUCAACCAGUGGAAGUUUGAUGAUUACCAUCUAGACAUCUAUGGUGCCAUCGACAAAGCUCCAACCUACUCAACGGAAUGUCAGGAGAUCAUCGCCUCUAAGGGUCUCCGUGGCCGAGUCACACUGCGCGGGACAGCCGACCCAAUGAAGGUCCUCGAGAACACCUGGCUCUUUCUGAACUCCUCCCUUUCCGAAGGUCUCCCACUCGCGCUUGGUGAAGCUGCUCUGACGGGAGCCCCAGUCGUCUGCACAGACGUCGGCGCCUCGUUGCGCGUACUCAGUGACCCAGACGACUUCUCCCGCUUCAGCGCAGUCGUCGCGCCUAACGAUGCCCAAGCACUCGCCAAGGCUCAGAUCUCUAUGCUAGCAAUGCUCGGCGAAUGGGACAAGUACACCGACAACACAGGCCCCUGUCCAGUUCUGACAUCCGCGCCUACGCGCGAGGAAGUAGUCGCCAUCCAGCGCCGCAUGUACGAGCACAGCGAAUCCCGCCGUAAGCUAGGCAUGCGCACCCGCCAGAUCGUUCAAAAGUCUUUCAGUGGAGACCGAUACCUUCGCGAACACGAGCAAAUGCUCUGGAUCGGCAAGGCCGUCAAGCUCAUGGUCAGCCGGGCCGCAGGAGACAUCCUCGAGCCACAAACAGCCGCAGUUGACGAGGAAGUCAUCACCAUUCCCCCGAGCGCAAUCCAAUCCUGGCGCUCAUCUGCUGCGUCGGGAAUGUCAGGAAUGUCGACCCUGUAUAGCUCCGUCUCGAACUACCCACUUCAGGGAACCCGCAACCGACCCGACUCCAGCAUCUCGGCUCUCAGUCUGAGCAACUUCUCAACCGAUGAAGAGUCCUUUACUCGUCUUCCUGUGUUUGCACCCCGUCGCUCAGCCCUUUCUGGCCUGUCUGCGGGUAACAGAUCCCCGAAUCCAUUCUCCAACCAAAGUUUGUUGCGCCAUUACUCUCCUGGGGCGCGCCGUAGUCACCUUUCCGCGCGGUCGAUCUCGACGACUGGGCGGGAGCAGGUGCGUGGUUUGCAUCGCGAGGAUUUGAUGCAGUAUCGCAAUUCGGAUGUUAGUACCAUUAUGCGAGAGGACUUCCUCCGCUCUGGUAUGUUAUGGAGCGGUUAA